UAACUGUUCGUCAAUUCUGUAUAUACGCAGCAUAUAUACGUGUAUACAGAAAGAGUUAGAUGUAUGAUAUACUAGGAAGGAAGAUCCCGUUAAUUACUACGUGAUAGACAGAUAUAUAUAUAUAUAGAGAGAGAGAGAGAGCAUCUUGUGUUUCUUCUUUCAGAAAUUCUUUGAUACUUUUGAUGACUCAUCGUCGUCAUCGUCAUCGUCACCGUCGCAUGGGAAUUAUCAUGGCUGUGAAUAAAAGCGUAUUGCUUAUGGUGACGAUAAUGGCGGUGGUUCAAGGUGGUUUCUUGUUCGGCGGCGUCUGGUCUUAUGAACGGCCUCCUGCUCGGAAAAAUGCUGAUGUAUCUCAUCCCUCAGAUUCUGAUUCUAAUUAUCCUCAACAGGUACACAUAUCGUUAGUCGGAGAAGACAAGAUGAGAAUAUCCUGGAUUACUCAUAGUUCAACACCAAUGGAGAUUAAGUACGGUACAUCUGCAGAGAAUCUGGAGUAUUCGACUACUAGUUCUACAUCUUCUUAUCGUUAUCUUCUAUAUAAAUCUGGCGACAUUCAUGAUGUUGUCAUCGGUCCAUUAAAUCCAGACACAGUCUAUUAUUAUCGUUUGGGCUCAAAUUCUAGUGCUCAAUUUACUUUCAAGACUCCUCCUCCUCGUCUCCCUAUUAAAUUCGUAGUUAUAGGUGAUCUUGGUCAAACCGAAUGGACAAAGUCAACUCUACAACACAUAGGAAGCACAAACUACGACGUUUUAUUACUCCCCGGAGACUUGUCCUACGCAGAUUUCUACCAACCAUAUUGGGACUCCUUUGGCCGCCUUGUGGAACCACUCGCCAGCCAAAGGCCAUGGAUGGUCACGCAAGGAAACCACGAGAUCGAGAAAAUUCCUGUUUUCCACUCCAAGUCUUUCACCGCCUACAACGCCAGGUGGCGGAUGCCGUUUGAUCACGUCGACAGUGCUUCCACUUCCAAUCUCUACUAUUCUUUUAACGUCGCCGGUGGCGCCGUCCACGUUAUCUGUUUGGGAUCGUACACAGACUUUGAUCCCGAAUCGGAUCAGUAUAAGUGGCUUCAGGGUGAUCUCGCCAAGGUCGACAGGUCGAAAACUUCGUGGGUCGUGGUGCUUGUUCACGCCCCUUGGUAUAAUUCAAAUACUGCGCAUCAGGGUGAGUCUGAAUCUGAGGAUAUGAAGAAAUUCAUGGAAGAAAUUAUCUACAAGGCUCGAGUGGACGUCGUUUUUGCUGGUCAUGUUCAUGCGUACGAGCGAUUUACUCGGGUGUACCAAGGGAAAGCUGAUGAUUGUGCUCCAGUGUAUAUCAUUAUUGGAGAUGGGGGCAAUCGGGAAGGACUUGCUAGCAAGUAUAUUGAGCCAAAGCCUGAAAUAUCAAUGUUCCGAGAGGCAAGCUUCGGGCAUGGGCGGUUUGAGGUGGUGAAUGCAACCCAUGCGCUCUGGUCUUGGCACCGAAACGAUGAUGAUGUGGCAGCUAUGGCUGAUUCCGUCUGGCUGAGAAGCCUCGCGUCUAAUCCUGCUUGUAAAGUGUAAAAGCUACGUCGUUUUACUAGUUAUGUGCUAGCUAUUACAUGUUAUAUAUUAGUCCACGGGAAUGGGGAAAAGAUCAUUUUUAGUUUA